UCGGGCUGGGCUUGCGGGUCGUGUCCUCGGCAGUGCCUGGAGGCUGUGGGGUGCUGGCAGUGGAGGUGCCACCCUGACUGCUGUCUUUUCUGGUUGGUUCUUUGGCCCAACCUGCGACUUCAGGUGGAGCCAGGUGCUGUGCGCCUAAUUUGCCGUAGCUGCCGCGGUACUUCUGGUCUAAGGGACAGAGCGGCAAGUUGCAGUAUUCCCGCGGCUUCUCCUGGGGUGGUGCGCACUAGAGUUUCAUUCUGUUAUUGUCUGGGGACUUUUUUUUUUUUUUAACCCCGGAAUGUCUCAGGCUCCAACUCUGGAAGGUGUUGAAAGCGGGAAGCAGCAAAAAAUGUGUUCUCUGCCUUCUUGAUCUUUCACCUUCUUGGAGACAGCUGGCAAGAAAGAGGGACUAGGUCCAAGCGCUAGGUGGCUGAGUCCAGGAUUCAGACCAGACAAAUGACUGUUUUAACAUGGGGAGGUGAGCAAAAUAGCCAGUCGUCAUUGAUUUGUUCAGCCCAUUUGCAAGAUUUGAUACUCCAGAAGUGAGUGAGGCAAUCCCUGGCCUAAGUGUCCAUUAUUUCCUGUUGUAGAAAUGUGCUUACCCAGUAGCCAGCUCUGCUGGUGGUGGGGACACUCUUGGGGGAAGGCCAGCAGUCCAGAGUGGCCCUGCAUGGCUUGCUGUGCUCCUGACCUGAGGGGUUCUCUAGGUGUCCAGCCUGUGCUGAAACCUCUAGACAGUGAGACGCCUUCCCCCACCUGUGGACUCACAUUUGUAGACCACAUUCAAGAAACUCAGAAACUAGCCUGUCAGGGGAACUGAAAUCAGAUGCUCCUGCUCCCAGAUGAUAAAUCUGGUUAGUAAUUCAUGGCAGGAGGUGACACUAGCAGGGACCUAAAUACUCAAAAGUGUGUGUAACCAGCAAAUUGUCUCCCUGUGGCAGAGCCAUACCUGUACAGGAAAGGGAAGCAUAAUGGGGAGGUUGCUGGAUGAGUGCGAAGUCCACCUGAGGGUGUGAAUGCGUGCAGCAGCACCGGCCCUAGGCCCCAUGCAGCCAUCUGGCCUGGUGAUGCCCUUGGUGGCACUACGAGAGGACCAGACGCUCCUUGCCUGUUCCCUUCCUUCCCUAGUCUGCACUCAGAUUAGGGAUGAAAGAGUCACUCUCCACUGCAGAGUGUCAGAUGAGCCAUGCUUUGUGGCAUUUUCAUGCCUCCCAUCUUUUAAAAAAUGACAUCAGCCAAUUACUGAUUAAAAAUAGCGGUCAGAUAAGUCAUAAUGGUCUGGGAGACAGUUUGUUUAUUUAAAGUAGCUUUAUUUAAAGUAGCCUUGAGCUGUUUUUGUGCUGAUCACAAAACUGAACUCUACUAUUUCCUCUCUUUCUGAACUUUUGGGGAAAUCCCUCAAGAGUGGACAACAGUGAGGAGUUUUUGCUGGAGUGUGGUAAGUGCUGAGCUUAUUCAGGUGGAGGUGAGCCCAGGAUGCUAAGAGAUCACCUGACAGGUGCCACCCACCAGGCCAGAGGGUGGAGGUCUGGCCCAUGUAGUAGGGUGGUGCUCAUCCUCUCCUUGCUCACAUUCCCCCAUAAAAUCCUUACUCCUAAGCCCUCUUGUCCGGUGUGUGCCUUGUUCAGAGUUAAUUGAACCAUACCAGACAAUUGAGCCUGGAGCAGUGGUUCUCAGGUACAGUUCUUGGAGCACCUGCUGAGCACCUCUUUCCUGAGGAAACGGCCUCUGGAGUUGUCCUGCAUGGAAAGGAGCAUUUUUCACAUAAGCACUUGGGGACUCUUCAGUGCACCUGAGUUUGAAAACCACUGCCUGAGAAGAAAUCAGAUGGCAGCAUGCACUUUCAGAUUCGGAAUUUGGAUGGAGGGAUGCUGAUGAGUCUGUCAGGGCUGGGUGUGUUGGCUGGAGGUGAGGCAGGCGGGGGGCUGGGACAGUGUCUUACUCCCUGUGCAUGUUGAAGUGGAGAAUAUCGGUCUGCUGAAAGGGGCAGGAGAAGGGAUCAGACAAGAAGAAAGGAGAGACUGCACACCAUGCUGCCCCUGGGAGAGAAGAGUAGCCUCCUCGGUUCCUGAUGUCAGAGUCCUCAAUCCCAGGCCCCUGUACGUGAGUGGUAGGCGUGGCUGUUGCCAUGGAGGAGCUGUCCUGGGGAAGUGGGGGCCGAGUGGGUAGAGCAGUUAUGCUUUUGAUUGGCCAGACUCGCUGUCCCAGGAAGAGGUCACCUGGCAUCUGGUCUGCCCCAGCGAGGGUGAGGUACCUUCGUUUUGACUCAGUUCCUGUGGAUAGCUGCUUGGUCUGACGUUCCAGAAAGGAUCCUGUUUCCUGACAGCCAGAGACCCGCACCAGGGAGACCAUCGAGUUCUGGGUCCUGAGCACCACCUGGCCAUCAGCCCUAAGGAGUGCCAGCCUUGGGUCCGAGAGAGACCAGAGAACUGCCAGGCACCGCCCUGUGCUAGAGCACUGCAAGGAGAUGCACCAGCCCGACGACGACAGCAGCAGCGACAUGACCAGUGACGAUGAGAUGAGCCCCAACAGAGGAGCCCCACCACCUAGACCAGGCCGCUCGUCCAGCAGUGACCGGGAGCGGGAAUGGGACCGGAGGGGCCGGAGCCGAGACACGGAGCCUCGAGACCGCUGGUUGUACACCAGGAGCCCUAGAAGCAGGCUGCCUCAGCGGGAUCUUUCCCUUCCUGUGAUGGCGAAAAGAAGAUUUGGAAUUGAAAGAGAUGACAGGGACUCAAUGGAUUAUGAGUCCCGCUCCCAGGAUGCGGAAUCAUACCAGAAUGUCGUGAACCUCAAUCAGGACAGGAAACCUCAGAACCCAGUCCAGGACAACAUGGAGAACUACAGGAAGUUGCUCUCCCUGGGGGUACAACUUGCUGAAGAUGACCGCCAUUCCCACAUGACCCAAGGCCACUCAUCAAGGUCCAGGAGAAGUGUCUACCCAAGCACCAGCCGAGGUCUGAAAACCAUGCCUGAAGCCAAGAAGCCCUCUCACCGGCGCGGAAUUUGUGAGGACGAAUCUUGCCAUGGAGUGAUAAUGGAGAAGUUCAUCAAGGAUGUGUCACGUGGCCCCAGAUCAGGAAGAGCAAGGGAGCCUGAGGAGCGGCCACAGAGGCUCCCCAGAAUGCCAGAUGAUAACUGGAAGGAUGCUGCCUUCAGCAGGAGGGAGUCAGUGAUCCAGGAGAGGGGUUCUGAAGGGAGUGCCUUCAGGGGGGGCUUCAGGUUCAACUCAAGCCUUGUUUCCAGAAAGAGAGUUCUGGAAAGAAAAAGGCGCUAUCAUUUUGACACAGUCCAUGAUCAUAAUGGCUGUGUCAGAAAGAAGCCCUUUGACUGUGGCAGUGAGAUGAGAAAGGCCAUGAGCAUGAGUAGCCUAAGUGGCCUCGGCUCCUCCUCCUAUUCCGAGUCACAGUCAGUGGACUUUGCGUCCAUGGCGUAUGUGUGUGAUGAGUGUGGGCGGUCAUUCAAUGUCAUCUCAGAGUUUGUUGAGCACCAGAUCAUGCACACCAGAGAGAACCUCUAUGAAUAUGGGGAGUCCUUCAUUCACAGUGUGGCAGUCAGUGAGGUUCAGAAAGGUCAGGUUGGAGGGAAACGCUUCGAGUGUAAGGAGUGUGGGGAAACCUUCAAUAAGAGUGCCGCGCUGGCUGAGCAUCGGAAGAUCCACGCUAGAGAGUGCCGUGCAGAGCGCAGGGAGCAGGAGCACGAGGAGACCGUCAUGCCUAGCCCAACCUUCAGUGAGCUUCAGAAGAUAUAUGGCAAAGACAAAUUCUAUGAGUGCAGGGUUUGUAAGGAAACCUUCCUUCAUAGUUCUGCCCUGAUUGAGCACCAGAAAAUCCACAACAGAGGGAAUUUUGGAGAAGACAAAGAUAAUGAGCGUGAGCCUGAGCGCGAGCGUGAACAUCGGGAAAUUUUCAUGCCCAACGCAGCCCUGAAUGAAUUUCAGAAAAUGUAUAAUAAGGAGAAAAUCUAUGAGUGUAAGGUUUGUGGGGAGACCUUCCUUCAUAGCUCAUCCCUGAAGGAACAUCAGAAAGUUCACACCAGAGGAAACCCAUUUGAAAACAGAAGCAAAGUGUGUGAGGAAACCUUUAUUCCUGGUCAGUCCCUUAAAAGACGUCAGAAGACUUACACCAAGGAGAAGCUCUUUGCCUUCGCAGAUGGCAGGGAUGCCUUUAUGCAAAGCUCCGAUCUCAGCGAGCGUCAGAAAAUCCAUGCUCGGAAGAACUUCUUUGAAAGCAGGGCAUAUGAGAAAUCUGUCAUUCACAGCACCCCCUUCACCGAGUCUCAGAAGAGUCACACUAUAACAAGACCCCCUGAAGAUGAGGAGGAUGAGAAGGCCUUCACCAUCAGCAGCAACCCUGAUGAAGACCAGCGGGUGUCCUCCACAGGGCGAUUCUACAAGAGGUCUGUGAUCCACAGCUUUACCCCUGCUGAGACUCUGAGAAGUCACAGCGUCGCAGGGCCCAGUCAACUAAAAGCAGUCGCAGAGUCCACCAUUCAGAGCUCAGCUGCCGCUAGGAGCGCCUAUGAAGGGAAGGAGCAGAAGAGGUCUGUCAUCCAUAGCCUGGCUGCUCCCAGACCCCUGAAACGUCACAGUGGAAAUGGGCAAAAUGAAUGUGAUGAGAAGGGAGAAUCCUCCAUUUAUAUCUCAGACCUUAAUAAUAAGCGACGGAAGAUUGCUGCCAGAGAGAACCCUUCUGAAGCGGGUAAGAAUAACAACUAUAAGGAUUCUGUUAUGCCAAGUGUAUCUCAUGCUGAACCUCCAAGAAGUCUCGCUGGAGAGGGAUCCAGUGAAUUCAAGCAAGAUGCCAAAUUUUCUCUUCCCAGCCCCAGCUCAAAUGUCCGUGAACACCAGAAGGCACGUGCUAAAAAGAAGUACAUCGAACACAGGGGCAACGAGACCUCUGUAAUCCAUUCCCUACAUUUUGGUGAACUGCAAACAGUUCGCCCUAGAGAGAAGCUGUAUGAAUGUCAGGAAUGUGGGGAGUGCUUUGCUCGUAGCUCUGACCUCACUGAGCACCAGAAGAUUCACAAUAGAGAGAAGCCCUCUGGAAGUAGAAUUUAUGAGCGAUCUGUCAUUCGCAGCUUGGCCCCUACUGACCCUCAGACGAGUUAUGCCCAAGAGCGCUAUGCUGAAGAGCAAGCACGCUACAAACGCAGAGAGUUGGGGCAGAGCUCUGCUUUCAGCAGCUUCUUCCGUGCGCGUCUGAACAUCUACACCCAAGAAAAGUCCUCUGGCAAGGCCACCCGAGGUCAGGAGCCCCACAGCAGAGAGACCCGUGCCCGGGAGCCCCAGAGAGAGGAAACUCAUGCUUGGGAGCCCCGUGGCAAGAAGACCCGUGCUCAGGAGCCCCGUGGAGAGGAAACUUGUGCUUGGAAGCCCCAUGGCGGGGAGACCCAUGCUCAGGAGCCCCACAGAGAGGAAACUCCUGCCCAGGAGCCCUAUGGCAAGGAGAUCUGUGCUCAGAAGCCCCGUGGAGAAGAAACUCCUGCUCAGAAGCCCCACAGAGAGGAAACUCCUGCCCAGGAGCCCCAGGGUGAAGAGACCCGUGGUCAAGAGCCCCCUGGAGAGGAAACUCAUCAUCAGGAGACCCAGAGUCAGGAGCCCCACAGUGAGGAGACCCAUGGUCAGAAGCCCCAUGGCAAGGAGCCCCGUGGCCAGGAGCCCCGUGGCCAGGAGCCCUGUGGUCAAGAGCCCCGUGGUGAAGAGCCCCGUGGUCAGGAGCCCCAUGGUGAGGAGCCCCAUGGUGUAGAAGCCCAUGGUGAGGAGACCCACGAUCAGGAGAUGGUUGAAGACACUGUCAUUCAGGGGUCAGAUCUGGAGGAGCGCCAGAAGGAUGACCCAGAUGACACAAUCUACGAAUGUCAGGACUGUGGGCUGGGAUUUGCAGAUCUCACAGAUCUCACAGGUCAUCAGGAUGUCCACAUCAGAAAGAGUGUUGACAGUAGCAAAGACACAGAGUCUCAAGUUCACGUCCAUUCCAUCAAUGAGUUUUCGAAGGAGUUCACUGGUGAGCAGCUCUUUGAAUGCCCAAAAUGUGGGGAAUCUUUUAUUCAUAGCUCCUUCCUUUUUGAGCAUCAGAGAAUCCAUGAGCAAGACCAGCUGUACUCCAUGAAGGGAUGUGAUGAUGGUUUUAUUUCCCUCUUGCCUGUGAAGCCACGGAGGAAUCGUGCUGCGGAGAGGAAUCCUGCUCUUGCUGGGUCGGCCAUCCGAUGCCUUCAGUGUGGACAGGGCUUCAUUCAUAGCUCUGCUCUCAAUGAGCACAUGAGACACCACAGGGAGGAUGAAUUACUGGAGCAGAGCGAGAUGGCUGAGGAAGUCCUCAUUCAUGGCUUCGCCCUCACCGAGUUCCAGGGAAGUGAGACCGAGGAGAAGCUCUUUGAAUGCACAAUAUGUGGAGAGUGCUUCUUCACUGCAAAAGAACUUGGCGAUCACCACACCAAGGUCCACAAGGAUGAGCCCUAUGAAUACGGGCCCUCCUACACUCACACUUCAUUUCUUGCAGAGCCCUUCAGGAAACCAAUGCCAUUCUAUGAGUGCAAAGAUUGUGGGCAGGCCUUUAUCCACGACACGGUCCUAACCAAGCACACCGUGUUUCACCCUGAGGAAGAGGAGGAGGAGGAGGAAGAGGAGGAGGAGGAAGAGGAGGAAGAAGAAGCUGCUGCUGCCCAGGAAGUUGAAGCCAAUGUCCUCGUUCCACAAGAAAUCCUGCGAAUUCAAGGGUCAAACAUAGAAGCUGCUGAGCCAGAGGUGGAGGUUGCCGAGCCCGAGGUAGAGGCUGCCGAGCCAGAAGUAGAAGCUGCCGAGCCAAAUGGAGAGGCCGAAGGGCCAGGAGGAGAGGCCGCAGAGCCCCAUGGAGAAGCCGAGCAGCCAAUUGUGGAUGCAGAUGAGCCAGAUGGUGUAGGGAUUGAAGACCCGGAGGAGGGAGCCCAAGGGCCAGAAGGAGAUGCCGACGGGCCUGAGGGCCUAGGAGUGGGAGAUCCGGAAGAGGAGGGUGAAGACGAGGAGAUUGAGGUGGAAGAGCCCUAUGAUGGCUACAAGGAGUGCACAGAGACCUUCCCGUGCAGCGCAGCCUUGGGUGGGCCCCUGAAGGCCCAGGCCAGCAUGGUCAUGCUGGAGCCCGUGGGCGCCCCCGGGGAGUGCUCAGGCUACAUCCAGCGUGCCAGCACCAGCACCGGAGGCACCCAGCCAGCCGACGAGAAGCACUUCAGAUGUGAUGUCUGUGGGCAGCUCUUCAGUGACCGACUGUCCCUUGCCAGGCACCAGAACAGCCACACUGGCUAAGUGUGAAGGUUGGAAAACCUCCACCUAGAACUGGACCCUUACCCAACACAAGACUAUGAUAAUGUCAGUAGGAAACUUACCUUAGCAUGUGUACACCUGACUUAACAUCAGACAGCUCAGAUUAGCCAGACAGUGUGGGUACUCCUUCAGCCUUAGCUCUCCCCGUGAGCAUCAGCGUCUGCACGGGGAAAGCUAUAGCACAUAUCUUAUGUCUAUCCCAGCUACCAGAUUGAGUCAACCCGACAGAUUGGCCCAAUCACCUGUAAAUGAUGCUCCUAUAACCUAAACAGAAGGUUCCCUGCAGUGUAUAUAAAUGAGCAGAACGUAGCAAAAUGGGGAUCACAUGUUUGGAUUUAAUAUGAUACACAGUUGCAGUUUACUGUGCAGAGGUAUCUCACCUGACACUCUAAUUUUUUGUUCUUGGAGGAGGGAGAGAGCAACAAAGUAGAAUAUAUCUGUAAGUGUCUUUGGUCUGAGAAAUAUUCCUUGUGCAUUAUUUGAACCCCGUCAGUAUCUUUGACUGCUACGUUUCUCACUCCUAAUCUCCUGAAGGUGUAGACAGGAAAAGUAACAUGUCUUUAUUCUUUGCUGUUUGAAAAAAGGAGUGAUUUUCGCUUCCUUGUACAGCCAUUUCGUCUGCACCAACACCUUGCGACCUGACGCUGUGUGAGCCUUUACAAUUUAUAGGUUGGCCUUUGUGACCCAGGUCAACCUGUCCCCUUUGUGUGUACCUUGCAGUGGUUCUCGUGCAAAAAUAUUACAAUUUGGGUGUUUUUUUAAAGUGUUUUUUUUAAACCAACAUAAUGUGUGUUCAGUAGUGAAUUUAAAAUGUGAUGCUUUUCCCCAUAAAUCCUAAGUCUUUGCCUUUAAAGAAUGGGUUGCAACCAUCACUAGAUCACAGUAGUGCCUAAUGAAGGUUGAGAACCACAGGACAGACUUGCUGCUGUACAUAAGGAAGCAGGCUGACAACCUUUCAUCACUUCUUCUGAAUGCUUCCUGCCUUAAGUGACAAGUAGCAACAUGGCUUGAGUCACCUAUGUGGCAUGUGUGCUGCCACAAGUCAGUUUGCUCCCUGGGUGCCCAGGAGCUAGUAUCCUUAGAUCUUUCUAUUGCUUAAACCUAACUCUCUUCUUUACCUGACUCUCUAAUCCCAUGUCUAACUUGCAUUUUAAAAAAAUUAAAAAGUGUUUAAAAAAAAAAAAAAAAAAAAAAAAAAAAGCUUCCUUUACAGUUAGCCCAAGCUCAACACGGACUCAGGUUCCCGGCAGCCUUAAUUUGUUUUGUUCCCAUCUGUUCUUCUCUUCAGGCCUCUAGGCGCUUCUUACCUCUCCAUAGUUGUCGUGUCCUCCCAUCUCGGUUUUCCUCUUGAUCACAAACUGACCUCAGCUUGGGGUCUCCCCUGUCCUGUGCUGUGGACAUCCAGUGCUCCUUUGCUUCUCCCCUCGCAUAAUGGCUAUAUUAAGAAAAUUUUUGGCCUUGAGUUGGCUGAAAAAAAAAACUUUAAAAUUUUUAAAAAAUUAAAAAAAAAAAGCGGAUCUCUAGUUGAAGUAAGCAAAAGACAAGCGCAGAUCAUUUGAACAAGCAAAAUUAAAAUAUCCACCGAGGGAAACGUAUUUGAAUCUUACUCUUCUAGAUCCGCAGGUCUGGGGCUCCCGGGGAGUGUGUCCAAGCUGCAGGGAAUGCCAAAGUCUAGGAGGCUGGAGAGCUGAGAGCAAGAAACAGAAUUGAGUAAGCCAAAGAAGGGCAUCCUAGCACACCCGCAGACCCAGGAGACAGAGGGAGCGCCAGAGCAGGGGUGAGGAUGGGUGGGUGGUGUCCUGGAGGUAGAGUGUGGGAAGCUGCACAGAAAGACCCAUAGUCGGAGCAGACAUCCAGGGAAACGCCCGUGAGGCAUCCCCCAAUGAGAGGGCCCUGGACUGGGAUCAGUGUGGAUGUCAUCAGAGUGAAUUUGGGGGUUCAGUGCCAUAGGCAGUGUGAAUCACUAGACCCUUUUCAGAAAGCAACUUGCCAAGAAGGGUGUCUGUUCCAACCUUAACGUGUAUGGGAAAUUGGAAACUUAAAUGCCAAACAGUAGAGUAAGAAUUAAGUGAACGUAUCUUUGGACUCUUAUGCAGCUGUUUAAAAAUGAUAAUCAUAAAGAGUUAUGUAGCAACAUGGAAAUAUAUUUACGGAAGAUUAAGUGGAGAAAGCAGGACACAAAAUUAUAUUUAUACUACAAUUAUAACUUUAAAAUGUAUGCUUAUAGUCAAAAGCUGUUGUGUUGUUGUACGCUUAUAGUUGAGCAUCAUUUUCUUAACUUUCUUGAAUGUUCUUUAUGGUAGUGCUGUUAAAGUUGAUGAUCACAUUUCCAUUGUGAACAUAAUUGGAAUUCAUCAAACACUUGGAAAAAACAAAGUGGAGGAAAAAUUCCAUAUCCCCACCGUCCAAAGACAGAUUCACUCUAAAGCAUCCUGUUUAUUCUUGUUUCUUUACACAGGUUUAUAAUUAUAACCAUGUCAAAACGUGUGUUCAAGAUAGCUGUAUGGUACCCUUCUGGAAUUAUGGUUAAAUCCUUUUAUCUUAAUUUUUUCCAGUGUUCCUUUUAAUAGUGUCCUGAUAACAUUUAUUGUGUAUGUCUACAUUAUAAGCGUAACAUGUACCCAGAGGAGAAAUUAGAAAACAGAGCAAAAUUGGAAAAUAAAAACAAUUCACACACACCCCCAGCCCCUGGACUCCACCAGCAUCUCGGUCCUUUCCUCCACUUUGUUCCAGUGCACAGCCUGUGGGUGUGAUGGUGUUCAAUGUGUGUGCAUCAAAUCAAAAAGUGAAAAAAAAUGUGAAAAAUAAUUAAAUUAGUGUUGUCAUUGUGGGAUUCUGGCUACAUAUUUUGUCUAAAAUUUCUUGAAUAAUCUUUGGUGUUUUGGUGACAAAUUUAAUGUAUGUAUUUUCCCUUUACAAACAUAAUACAUACUCAUAGAAAACUGGGAAGUUAGUAAAAGAGAAGGAAAUUCACCUGUAUUCCUAAGAGUUGCUGCUGCUAACACGUGGGGCUGUGGUCUGGGGGCUCAYGAUGCGUCCCGUACGUGUCGGAGACUGGAAGGCAGAGCGGCUGAGAGCUACAGGUGGUUGUGGGGUUACAGGGAAGCGUGCUGCCUCAGUUUCUCUGAGUGGCCUUUGUCAGUGGUCAGUAGUCCCCUUCACCCCCUACGUUCCCAUCACCCAUGCAGUAUGUGUCCACUAUAGUGAACUUUGACAUUGUGGAAAUGUAGAAGAGAAACUCAUCCAUGUUUCCACCGUCCAACAACUGUGGUCAGCAUCUUGAUGUGUCCUCAUCAUCUUCUUUCUUGUGCACAGGUUUUCGGUUUGUUGAUAUGGUUGUGAUCGUUCUAUCUGUAAUA